GCAAAGCAGACUGGUACCAUGAAGGGUCCUGAACACCACACACAUACACACGUGUGCUGUGCGCCGUUACCAUGGCGGACCUACAGAUGAAGCUUCUCCGGAAGAAAAUCCAGAAAAGAAACGAGAAGAACAAAAAGCGCAAACUGUUAAACAAGCAGAGAGAAGAAGAAGAAGAAGAGGCGGUAAAGUCGAACGGGCUGGAAGAAGAAUGUUGUGAGGAGCCGACAACUGGAAAACCCGAGGAAAACCCGAAGCAGCAAGCUGAGGAGGAGACCACAGCAGAGGAAACUCCUCUGAAGAAGAAGAAGAAGACAAAGAAGAAAAGAAAACUGGCUGAUGCCGCCGAAUCACCAGCUGAGAAGAAGACCAAAACAGUGAAAGAAGCAGAUGAUGAUGAUGAUGAGGAGGAGGAGGAGGAGGCAGCAUUAGCAGAUGAAGAUGGAGAACAGGCUGCUGGUAAACCAGAGGGAGCUUCAGAUGAAGAAAAGGAGGGAGACGAAGAUGAGGAGGAGGACAAAUCCACUGAGGAAGAUGAUGAACAGGACGACCAGCCUGAACUGCCUACUGGCUUAACAGGAGCGUUUGAGGACACGUCCUUUGCCUCCCUCGAUGGGCUGGUGAGCGAGAACACGCUGAAGGCAGUGAAGGAGAUGGGCUUCGAACACAUGACCGAGAUCCAGCACAAAAGUAUUCGCCCCCUGCUGGAGGGGAGGGAUGUUCUGGCUGCAGCCAAGACAGGAAGCGGUAAAACUUUGGCCUUCCUCAUCCCGUCUAUAGAGCUCAUCUACAAACUCAAGUUCAUGCCCAGGAAUGGCACUGGUGUCGUGAUCCUUUCACCCACUCGUGAGUUGGCAAUGCAGACCUACGGCGUGCUGAAGGAGCUGAUGACGCACCACGUGCACACCUACGGUCUGAUCAUGGGGGGCAGCAACCGCUCGGCUGAGGCCCAAAAACUGGCCAACGGCGUCAACAUCCUGGUGGCCACACCUGGCCGUCUGCUCGACCACCUCCAGAAUACUCCUGGAUUCAUGUUCAAGAACCUGCAGUGUCUGAUUAUUGACGAAGCCGACCGAAUCUUAGAGGUGGGCUUCGAGGAGGAGCUGAAGCAGAUCAUCAAACUGCUGCCGAAGAAGAGACAGACCAUGCUGUUUUCAGCCACUCAGACCCGUAAGGUGGAGGACCUGGCUCGCAUCUCCCUGAAGAGGGAGCCCCUCUACGUGGGUGUGGACGACAACAAAGACAAAGCCACCGUGGAUGGCCUGGAGCAGGGCUACGUGGUGUGUCCGUCAGAGAAGCGCUUCCUGCUUCUCUUCACCUUCCUGAAGAAGAACCGCAAGAAGAAGCUGAUGGUCUUCUUCUCGUCCUGUAUGUCUGUGAAAUUCCACUACGAGCUACUCAACUACAUCGACCUGCCAGUCAUGGCCAUCCAUGGCAAGCAGAAGCAGACCAAACGCACCACCACCUUCUUCCAGUUCUGCAACGCUGAUUCGGGCAUCCUGCUGUGCACGGACGUGGCAGCUCGAGGGCUGGACAUCCCUGAGGUGGACUGGAUCGUCCAGUACGACCCCCCGGAUGACCCCAAGGAGUACAUCCACAGGGUGGGCCGGACAGCCAGAGGCAUCAACGGCAGAGGCCACGCGCUCCUCAUCCUGCGUCCAGAGGAGCUCGGCUUCCUCCGCUUCCUGAAACAGGCUAAGGUCCCAUUGAGUGAGUUUGAAUUUUCAUGGAGUAAAAUCUCUGACAUCCAGUCCCAGCUGGAGAAGCUGAUUGAGAAGAACUACUAUCUCCACAAGUCAGCCCAAGAGGCCUACAAGUCCUACGUGAGGGCUUACGACUCCCACUCGCUCAAACAGAUCUACAGCGUAAACACCCUGAACCUCCCCAUGGUGGCGCUCUCGUUCGGCUUCAAAGUGCCUCCAUACGUCGACCUGAACGUCCACAGCAGUAAAGGCGUGAAGUUGCAGAAGCGUGGUGGCGGAGGCGGUUUUGGAUAUCAGAAGUCCAAAAACGUGCAAAAGUCCAAAUUCUUUAAGCACGUCAAUAAAGGCAAAAGUGAGAAGAGGCAGUUCUCCCGCUGAGGCCAUUUAAACUCUGGACUGAUUCGUCUGCGAGCCUGGAGAACCACCCGGUUGACAUGAACAUGAACUUCCUGCUUCGACUUGGGCAUAAUGUCGCCUUUGUGACACGCCACCUUCAGACUUUAUUUAGGCUCUCAUUUCCUCCUGUGAGUUGUGUACAAGUAUUUUGUAAAUGUACCAGAAAUGUGUUCCUUACACCUGACUGGAUUAUUAAAUCUGUUGACUUUGAAUACUUAAAGUUCAUUCAUAUUAUAUCAACUUUUUUUUUAAUUACAAUGAAGUCAUGAUGUUUACAACCCAGCUCAGAUCUUCAUCACAUUUAUUGCACGGUCUACAGCAUUCCUCCAGAGCUAAAGCACUUUCGCUGUACGUCUUUUCAAAACAAUUACAAAAAACAAAAACAAAACUCAACAGCAUGCUGAUAUAUGGUGUAAUAAUCCUCAGUACAAACAUGAACAAACCUUUUCUGAGUAAAUCACAAAUCAGUCAACAGAAAUUCAUAAAACGUACCCUUCUGAAUCUGAAUUUAAACAACGUUCGGCUUUCUGAAAGUUUGACUUCGUCUUCAUUCUGAGAUGUUCCUCAGUGGACGCGUUGGACGGCUCGCAUGUCAGACGGCUGCGUUUUCAUUGGACUUGCAUAUAAAAUUGUGUGAACAGAAAUCAAGCUGUUGGUUUUACAUUUAGUUGAAGGUUCCUUAAUCGUCACGGCUCUGACUACAGUAGUGAUGAAUCUAAAAAAUAUAAAAAUCACUCCCUAAAAAUGGUCAAGU